GCUGGAGCCUGGAAGAGCUGAGUCCCCAAGCCUGGCUCAGUUUUAUCUUGUGUCAGCUGGUUACAGAUCUGAGUUUCAGCAGUGAGCUGUGGCUCUGGGUGCUGUAAGGCUGCAGCCAUCAGAGGGAUGGGGGACACUGGCAGGACUGCCCGCUCUCAGCUGUCAUUACUGGGCUCUGCUUUUCUUCCCCAGAACACACUGACUGCAGAGGAGCUUUCUCCUGAAGACAGCCUCACCCUGAACCCCGAGGAGCGGCGAGAGUUCCCCGAUCUGCAGGCUGCCCACCGGCCAUUCCCCAAGGAGCAGUUCAGGCAGGAGAACGGGCACACGUCCCUGCAGAGAGAUGGACCCAGGUCUUUCCUCCUGGACCUCCCAAACUUCCCUGACCUGUCAAAAGCAGAUAUCAAUGGGCAGAAUCCCAACAUUCAGGUUACCAUUGAAGUGGUGGACGGCCCCGACACGGAGGCAGACAAGGAGAAGGAGAGCAGCAAGCCCGGCUGGGCAGCCCCGUCUCCCGACUGGAGGAGCUGGUGGCAGAGAUCCUCCACCCUGACCCGCAUGAGCAGCGGGGACCAGGACUACAAGUACGGCAGCACCACCGAGGACAGCAACUUCCUGAACCCCCUGCCUGGCUGGGAUGGCCAUGUCCCCAGCCACAGGACGCUGGGCUCCAAGGAGCAGCCCGAGUACGAUUACGUGGACGGGGAGGGAGACUGGAGCCCCUGGUCCCUGUGCAGCGUCACCUGCGGCAGCGGGAACCAGAAGCGCACGCGGUCCUGCGGCUACGCCUGCACGGCCACCGAGUCCCGCACCUGCGACCGGCCCCACUGCCCAGGGAUCGAGGACACCUUCAGGACAGCUGCCACCGAAGUGAGUUUGCUGGCAGGGAGUGAGGACUUCAACGCCACCAAGCUGUUUGAAGUUGAUACUGACAGCUGUGAGAGAUGGAUGAGCUGCAAGAGCGAGUUCCUGAAGAAAUACAUGCACAAAGUGGUCAACGACCUGCCCAGCUGCCCCUGCUCCUACCCCAGAGAAGUCGCCUACAGCACUGCCGAAAUCUACGACCGGCCCAAGAGGAAAAGCUUCCGCUGGAAGGACGCGAGCGGCCCGAAGGAGAAGCUGGAGAUCUACAAGCCCACGGCCCGCUACUGCAUCCGCUCCAUGCUGUCCCUGGAGAGCACCACCCUGGCAGCGCAGCACUGCUGCUACGAUGACAGCAUGCAGCUGAUCACCAGGGGCAAAGGGGCAGGGACGCCCAACCUGAUCAGCAUCGAGUUCUCGGCAGAGCUGCACUACAAGGUGGACAUCCUGCCCUGGAUCAUAUGCAAGGGGGACUGGAGCCGCUACAACGAAGCCCGGCCCCCCAACAACGGGCAGAAGUGUACAGAAAACCCCUCAGAUGAAGACUACUACAAGCAGUUUCAAGAAGCAAGGGAAUACUGAGAGGAUUUUUUUUUCCUUUCCUUCAGAUGCAAAACAGCAUUCGUUUCCUGGGUGCCAAAGAACUGCUGGUGGCUGCUGCGCUGGCUCCUCGGCUGGGGUCGAUCAGUUCCUUUCUAAUGAAUGUACAUAGUUGUAAUAUAAUACAUAAGUAUUUUUCACAGUGUGUGUAAUUUAUAAACACGUAUCUCUCUGUCUCACACACACCUAUUUUUGCAUACAGACGUACAUAAGUCUCGUCCUGAUAGGAUUUUGUACUGCAAUAAGGUUCAUGUAAUAAUGUGCAUUUCAUUUUAUUUCCCAUCUGUAACAUAAUGAAAGGGGUGGGGGGUAGCUGCCAUCACCAUCAGGCCCCAAGGCCCCAGCUGAGGAGGCACAUAUUUAAAAGUUGUUAUAAACAAUAGGAUUGAAGAAUGUACUCUUCCAUAUGGGAAUGGUUUACAAGAUUAAUGCACCUACAGCAUCAGUUUUCUUUCUAUAAUUGAUUUCAUGACUGGUCAUAUCUAAGGAGGGAAGAUUUUUUUUUUGAAGGGUAAUAGUCAAAAGUGAAUAUAGAAAACCCCUAGCAAUUUUUCUCUUGGAAUUCUUCCUUUUACCUUCUAGCUCAGGUCUUUGCAGACCAGCUGGGGCAGGCUUGUAGGAAGAUGUAGCUGUGGUUUUCCUACAGGCCAGAAAAUGUACUGGUGCAGUGGUUUUGCAAGAAUUACAAACAGCCCCCUCCUGGAGACGUCUCUGACACAGAGCUGCAGCUGUUGGGGCUUACAUCUCCAGAGCAGCUACCUGUGAGCUGAGCAUGCUGCAGGUCUUUGGAGGAGUGAGGGCAGAGAAGGAAUCCAUGUCAAAGGACCAGAAACAUAGUUCCUUCCCAGUUUUUAACA